GACUCACAGAUGACCUUGUGGCGGGAGUUGUAGGUGAUGUCGAAUGUUGGGAUGAUUUCCAUGAAAAUGUCUGCUUCAUGGGAAGCUGAAAAGUCUUCAUCCAAUGCAAUUCCUAGACUCUGUAGCCUUAGUUUGGUGCAAAUAAUAUUGGAUAGGCCUAUUGAACCCGAAUGCCCAAACACAGGAUUUUAUGUAGUUGUUCGAAUGCGUGGUACAGCUCGUCGGGUUUUACGUUCACCUGAGAUCACUCUUAUUUGUCCACGUGCUUCGCAGCCACAAAACGGGGUUGCAAACUUUCAUUCAAACAAUGUCCAACAUAAUCCGACUGAGAUCGGCUGCGGCGACUCAACCGGUCAAGGAGGAUGCCCUCUUUCUCUUAACACACUUGGAUCCUUAGUUGGCGGUGGCGUUUCGGUUCUUAUUGACUUCACGUGCAAUAUUCAGUAUUCACAUUUCCUGACUCGUGAUUCUAAUACGCUUCAAAUUUUACUCCAACGUCGUAAAAAGUACAAAAGCAAAGCUGUGAAUUUAGGAUACAAGACAUUAGCCUACUGCAAUGUCAGCCUUGCCCAAGUUUUACAACGCCGUAUCGAAAAUCGAUUUUUAGAUUUAUAUACCGAUCCAAAGUGUUCCACUCAUCCAAUUGGUAGAAUCGAAGUUUUAUACUUAUCAAGUUUACCUAUUGAAAAAGAUUUAUUAAACGGAAAGCGUAAAGUUGUCGAUGAAGAUGAAGAUUAUCCUAUACCAGAUGUUUAUAGUGAACAAGACGAUUCAGAUCAUGUUGAAGAAAGUGAUGAUGACCAGAUAGCUGAAUGUGAAAUAGUUGGACAUAGUCGUCAAAAAAAGCUUGUUAAAGCUAUGUCUGUUGGUUGUGUAAAUCAAAAGCAAAUUAAACAAAAAUUAAUUGGUUUAUUGAAAAAAUUAAAAAUUAGUGAUCCUAAUGAGGUUGAUUUAGAUGUGGCUACAACAUCGAAAUUAUGGGAUGAAAUUGAUCGUAUAGCGACAGCUAGUGAUAUCGAAGAAGAUUCAGAUGUGGAAAGUUAUAAUUUAGUCUCAAUUCAGAGUACACCACGACCAACACUUCGACCUUUUUUCGCCACAGCCGGUAGCUCUGAUGAUACAUUGAGUGCUGAUGCUGGAGCGAAAUUGUUGAAACGCCUACAAAGAGAGUUACUUGCUCAAAGUGAGACUGAUACAUCACCUGAUACUGCACAUCUACGGUCCAUGUUAGCUUCAGUUGGUAAAUCGGUAAGCUUUCAAAACCCAUUCGGAAAAUCUUCUGGGAAGUCUGAUCUACUACCGUUAGAGAGAUUUACUGCACUACCAGGUUCAUCUACGACAACAUUUACUGAUUCAGGACCUUUGCAGUCCACUGAUUCUUCACUUCUUCAACGAGGUGGUGGUCAUAUGAUGAGUUUAGCUGGUGGCCGUUUCGCCAAACGAUUCGCACAUAUUCGACGACGAUCCAAUUCAAAGCAUAUUUUUGGAAUGCAUAAACCCAGUAAAUCUAACUACAACCAGGAAUCUGAAACGGUUAACCAAGGUGUAGAAAGUAUUAAUAUAGAAAGUGAAUCGUCGGAUGAUCACUCUCCAACUGAUGGUGGAUUAGAUCCUUCUUGUUUAUCUUUAUCUCGUGGACAAGAUAUAGUUUCUGAUUAUUCCGCUUUACAUAAUUCUUCAGGAGAUUUCUCUCAAGCUAUAAAUCCUACACUAUGUUCUACUCCAGAAGCUAAUCGUUCGUAUAUUUUAGGCGAUAGAUUAAUUUCCGAUGGAAAUAUUACUUAUGAUGAAAAACAAAUUCAUGAGAAGACCCCAACCAAUUGUAAUACAGAUUUCUCAUCUGGUGAAAAUAUAUCUUUUGAAGCAUCAGCGAAUUCUUCUGGUACUUCUGCGGAAAUCGAUCCAUCAAAUUUAGAAAAACUAGCAAAUGUCACAUUUAUUGUUGGUAGUUUCGAAAAAUCUGGAAAAAUUGUAUUUAGUCUAUUAUCUGAAUUAAAUCUACGUUUAUUUAACGUAAAUUCACUCAAUGAAAUGCGUACAAUUUUCACACGUUUGGCCAAUGAAGCACAAAGUUAUACACGACGUAUAUCCGAUGGUGAUUAUAUUAAAAUUUGUAUACUUGGUGGAAAUUUAUUAAUUAAUCUUGUCUUGCGUGCUUAUGUUGACCAAUUAAGUUGUAGAUCUACAGAAUUGAUAGCUGCUUUUAGAUUUUUCAUUAUACCGAUUGAUGGAUUAACUAAAUUUAUUCAUAAUUCAUCGUCAUUACAACAUCAACGAAGUCGAAACAAUCUAAUGAAAGCUAAUCAGAUAUCCGAAAUUGGUAGUCAACAACGACAACAUCAUACAAUGGAUACAUCAAUUAACACUGGAUGGAAUCAUUCUAAUGUGAAUGAUUCAGAUUCUGAUCGUACUUCGCUACCAUCAAUUCAUGCAUCAACUUACUUUAACAAUCUGUUUACUUUUCAUCUUUGUCAAAUUGAUCCAAUUUAUGGAAGCUUAUUUUCAGAAUUAUGCAAUGAGUCUGCUUCUGUCGAUGUUAAUUCUACGAUGAAUGAUUUAGAUUUGUUAGUGUUACGAUCUGAAUUGGUUAAUCGUAUUGUGAAAUAUUUAACAAAUGGUAAAAAUGUCUAUGCAUUUCCGAUUGGAUCAUGUCUUCUUGGAUCAUCGAAAAAUAGUUCAACUAAUGUAAAUAAAAUGCAAAAAUCUCUAACAACAGAUUGUACUAAUGCAACAUCAAAUUUAUCUUCAACCAAUAUAAAUAAUGCAAAUCAGUCAGUUCAAGGAAUGACAGACCAGAAUGCUAGUUAUUCAGAUGGGAUUUGUUGUUCAGGCAAUAAUAAUAAUAUUCAGAAUGAAGAAAUGGUUAUUCCAUUCAUUUUAAAUGUUCGUCUUGGCAAUUGUUCAACAUUAACUUAUCCUGGCUUACUGACAACUGUUCCAACACAAAUUAAAUCUCAACACCAACAACAGACUAGUCGAUCAUUUACUGCCGAUUCACCUCAUUCAUUUAAUACAUCUACAGUAGUAGGAAAUACAAGUACUACUGACUUAGAUUUUAAAGCACCUAGUGAUCCAGAACAAUCUUAUACUAAACGUAAUAUUAGUCCUGAAUCGGUUUCACAUAAUACAAUCAUAGCACCAAGAAUACGUCGAAAUUUCUCACUAUCGUUUCGUUCACAUAAAACAUUACUUAAAAGAAAAUCUUCGUGGGGAAAUGGAUCUUUUAGAACUAAUAACAACAGGAGUAGUGCUAGUAGUAGUAACAUUGCUACCACACUUUUAUCUGAUAUGCUACCCGGAUCACAUUCUUCUGCUCAAAGAAGCGGUCAGUCACCAGUAUUCGGUUCCGAUCGACGCCUUUGGGAUAUCCAAAUAGAGUACUGGUCGACACCAAACCAGACUACAACAAUAAAUAGCAAUAAUCAAAGUAGUCAAAUUACUUCAAUGUCAUCGUCGUUUUCAUCCGCGAAUUGUGUUUCAAAUAAUAUCACUAAUAAUAGUGUUCUUUCUUGUCCUACAAGUCCACCAAGUACAACAUCGGAUCCUGUGUUACCGCCACGACGUUCUACUGUAAAAACUAUAUCUCCUGGUUUAGUCGUCACGAUAGAUUCAUCAGCCAAUACAAUUGGUUCUGUGUUAUGUUCGCCACAUCGCAAUGUUGACAUAUUUAAUUAUGGUAUGGAAUCUCAUUCCAACAGUUUAGUUUAUUCACCAAAUCGUCAUGUACAAUGCAAUUUAAAUCAAACACAUACUCAACAUCUCGCUCUUGGAUUAUGGACAAAGGAAAAGAAACAAAAAAUUAUGCUUAUCGGUCGUAAAGGUAAAGAACUUAAUUGUCGUUAUGAGUUGAUUACUGGUAUUCAACGUCUUUUAUGUACUGGACGUUGUUGUAAUCUCCAUAAUACCAGUUCAACUAAUAGUACCGAACGUUCAAAAGAUACAGAAUCCAGUCAUCAUCAUUCUUCAUCAGCCGGCUUAAUAACAGAUUCAAACGUUCUGUGCUCUCCAGAUUAUAAAACUUCAAGUACAAUAUCUGCAUUAGGCUUAGCGUUGACUGGUGGUAAUGCUAGUAAUUGUGGUUUUUCAGGGUUUACUGGGAACAAUAAUCAUAUGAUGAGAGUUUGGAUAGAUGGUGUUGAAUGGACCGAUUUAAAAUUUUUUCAAAUCACUCCUGUUUGGCGUACACAUGUCAAAUGUUUUCCAGUUGUUCUAUUGAAUACUAAUCAGGUGGACACAGCAACUCUAGUCAAAUAAAAAUAAUCAUAAGUUUUAUUUCGACACGUUUAGUGAGGUUGAUCUGGUAAAAAAAAGAAAACCGAAUGUAUAGUCUAUGUAUUUGUUCUGUAUGAUUGUAUUGUUUUUGCAUCUUUUCUAGAAGUUCUCUUUUCCUCUAGCAUUUUUUUUUGUUUAUUCUUGAAUUCUAAUGCCAAAUACUAAACUCAAUCAUAGCAGUGAAUAAUAAUUGUAACAAUAAUGAUAACUAAUUCAAUGCAUUUAUCAGUGGUAUUAUUUUAUUCAUAUUUAUGUGUGUUUUUCAUUUCACCACAUUUAUUUUUUGCUUUCAUAAUCACUGUCUUCCAGAUUAUGUUGUUCGAAUAGAUUUUAUUUUGUUUGUCUGUUUAUAAGAUAGAUAUCCAUCCUUCUCAUAUAUUGUAGAUGCAAGUCGUCUUUUGUUUCUGUCUAUCCAUUUUCGGUAUCUGAUUACAGUACUAUUUGAAAUAAAUUCUAUCUAUUCCUUCUAUUUACUUGUUACUCGUUGUCUUUAGACAUUUUUUUCAACUUUGUUGCAACCAACUACCUUACUUUCUGUUAAUUUCAUCAUGAAGUAUAAAUUAAUUUCCAUAUUCAAUGUCUAUUUUCUGUCAAUCCAAAUCAGAAUGCUUGUUUCUUUUUAAAAAAAUCCAACUUGAGAUGUUUUUACCCCAUCGUCAGGUAGUUUAUAUAUCUGUACACAUAUAUAACGUUUCCGGUUAUGUUUAUUGGCCAGUGUGUAUGUCCCACUUUCUUUAUUGUUAAUUCUCUGGUUAAUCACGAUUAUUUAUAGUUUUACAUAUAUUUUGUUUUGCUUUUCUAAGGAAAAACUUUUAACCUAUGAAUGCUUUUUUCUUCCAUAUAUAUAUCGCAGAUAUAAGUACACAUCGUUUUGUCUUUCAUAUUCUGCUUCAGAAAUUAUUGUUACCGCAAAUUAUUGUGACACUGAUCUAAAGUUUUAUUUGUCAAAUCAACAACAACAAAUUAAUGGACUGUAUAUUAUAUCUUUUACAAGUAUCAGUUGUAUCAUGUACGUGUCAAAUAAAAUUAGGUUUUUUUUCUUUGGUAGUAUUCACAAAUGAAUUGCUUUGUUUUUUGUCUAACAGAACCUUGAUAACAUAGAAAAGGCUUUCUGAAACUAAUUGACAAGAUUUCAUGUGCUUUUUAUUGUUCUAUGUAAUAUUAUUUUUUAUCUAGUUUCAUGCUUCGUUGUUUUGGCUAACAUUAUGUCUAUCAAUAUUAAUGAUAUUUUAAAGGUUUUCUUUUUAUUUAUUUAGGAUCAAUAUUUAUUAUCAUUAUUGAUUUUGUCUGCCAUGGCUAUUUUGUUUUAUAUGAACUUGUUUCUUAUGACUGCAACAUUCUUAUUUAUACGCUUUGUGUUCAAUGUUGAUUGUGUUCACUUCAAAAAGAUGAUCGGUAUGUUUAUAUAUAUGGAGAGAGAGAGCAUCUCAUUAACUUGCUUUUUGUCCCUUCCACAGUUUCUUGUAUGUACAUCUUUUACAUGAUUUUUCAAUGGAUAUUUAUCUUUACACUUGGUCAACUCAUAUUUGGUUAUUUAAAAACGAAAGCAGAAUUUAUCUUCAAUAAUUAUUUUUAAAUUUAUAAUUCUAAUAAGGAUUAUUGUUGUCCAAUUAAAAUCAUUCUCAGUAUUUGAAAAAUAAAUAAAUUGUCUAAUUAUAAUUUUUAUC